AUGAUGCGCUACCUUCGAACUUUCCUGGUUCUACUGGCCGUCGACGCCGUCGGCAGCUCUCCCAGUAGUCUCUGCCGGGACACCGAAUCUUGUAUCGCCCGGGUCAAGCAGAUCGUCGCUGCUCCGAGAAGGUCAGCGAGUUCAUUUGCGGGGAAACUUGGGAAAAUCGAUUUUUUUUUUAGGUAUUUCGAACUAAAUAGGGUUACAUUUCCCUCAUAUACCUUCUAUGCAUAAUAAUAGAAUUUUUUAAUUUUAACUUGUAGAAAAUUUAUAACUUGUGACGCUUCAAAAGUCUUAAAAUUUACGAAAAAUCGUUAUUUAAAGGUCUUGAAGCGUCAUAACUCGGAAAAGGUACCUAUUGAGAGGGUUUUUCUCUUUUUAUGGAUCCAGGAGGUUCUGGGGUACAUUUCAGCUAAGUUUCAUAUCUAAAAAAGUUCUCUUGUAUAUUUAGUGUUUCCCGACUUGAAAAGCGAAGGAGGCGGGGCAAUGGACGGGACGCGUAGCGUGUGCGUUCGCGGUUCUUGGCACGAGUUCAAUUCAAUCGCCGCCGACAAAUUAAAAAGCUCGGCAACCGCUCUUUUUCAAUGUUUUCUACUACUUUUUGAUGCAUACAUGAAUAUAAUCAAUAAAUAAUUGAAAAAAAGAAAUGGAAAGAGCGAAAAACGGGCUUUCCAAAGAGUCGCUGGCGAUUGAAUUGAACUCGUGCCAAAAACCGCGUACGCACACGCUACGCGUCCCGCCCCCUGCCCCGCCUCCCUCGCCUUUCAAGUCAGGAAACGUUGACUAUACAACCUACUUCAUGUUUUUCAUUAAUUUGAACCUUUCCUUCCAGAUUUUGGUUCGGCGAGCAACGUUCCGCCCUGUGUUCCUCCUCGAGAUCGGUCAACGCCGUCGAAUGCCACGGCCCUCCUCAACUCGCCCAUUUCCAUUCCCUCGCCAGCCGAUUAUUCAGGUUUUCCCCCCUCUAGAACAGCAAAGGAAAAAAAAAACACUCGAAAAAAUUAUUCACUGCUGUUGUUAUUGCUGACUGGAGAAGUCGUUUUGAUUAUGCAAGUGGAAUUUCGGGACAAAACCCACAGGCCAUCAAUGCAAAUGAGCCUUUUUUGUUGGGUUUUUACACUUGAGCCUCGAAAAACAAAAUAAAAUAGUUUAUUCUGAAAUAUGGUCGAUUCGGUAGCUUAGAAGAGAAAAAUGCGGAUUUUCGUGUUAAAGUUUUAAUUUUUUUGAGAGGUCGAUGCGCCUUUAAUAAAAACAAAAUGAGCUUUUCUGGGGUUCUUACAUUUUGCAAGAGGAAAUAUUUUUUAAAAAAAAAUUUUUAUUUUAUUUGCAAAAAGGACAAAAAUUCGAACUUUCGUGUCAAAAUUAAUAAUUUUUCGAGCGGUCGAUGCGCCUUUAAAAAAACACCUGGAAAUGAUCAUUUUGGAAUUUUUUCGGGUUUUUGAACUUGGAGAGAAAUAUGUCCUGGAAAAACAACUUCAAAAACUCAAAUUCAGGAAUAUGGUCGAAAAACAAGAUAAUGAGCUUUUUGAGGAUUCUUGCCGUUUGAGAGAGAAAAUAUUCAAAAAAAAAUUUUGAAGUCAUUCGCAAAAAAGGACGAAAAUGCAGUUUUCGCGCCAAAAUGAAAAUUUUUGUGAGGUCCAUGCACCUUUAAAGACAACUGUAAUGAGAUUUUUGGAAUUUUUCGGGUUUCGCAUUUGGAGAGGGAAAUAUCCUGGAAACAAAACUUCAAAAAAACUCGAGUUCAGAAAUGUGAUCGAUUUGCUUUUUGGAAAAAAAUGCGGACUUUCGGGUCGAAAUUACAAUUUUGAAGGGUCCAUGCGCCUUUAAAAAAAGCAACUAUUUUUUUAGAAAUUUUUUUGGGUUUUGGUAGUUUGAGAAAAAAAUAUCUUGAAAAAAAUUUUUAUUCGAAAAAUUGAACUUAAGGUAAAAAAAUAUAACCGAAUCGUUUGCUUUGAGAAAAAAAAAAUGCGGAUUUUCGGGUCGGUAUUAAAAUUUUUGAAAUGUCCAUGCGCCUUAAAAAACAACUGGAAAUGAGCUUUUUGAAAAUUUUUUCCGUGUUUUUGAGCUUUUGAGGAGGAGAAUAUUUGAAAAAAGCUUGAACUUUGUUCAUAAAAUAAAGCCUUACCGCACAAAAAAACAUUGAAAAAAAUCCGAUUUUUCCGAACAAAAUUAAAGUUUUUUUGAAGGAUCGAUGCGCCUUUAAGUUCAUGAUUUUUUUAAAUCUAAUUUUAAAAAAAACUGUUUAUUGCAUCUUCAAUGUGAGAGUACAUGUGCAAUCGACUUUCAUUGAUUUGACUGUGUGUUAAACGGCGGCAGGAGCUGUGGCUUAGACAGAGAAGUUGUGAUUUUCGCUCGUAGAACAUCAGGUACAAGAGAGGUCGUAGGAAGAAGUACGGUGCCGGCUUUCCAAAGGCCGAUGGCAGAGAUUGAGCCUUUUCGCUGCAUGCAGCUCCCAAUAUUAUCUACCCCGGAGGGAUGAAAGGCUUGGUCGACCUCGGGGGAACUCGAACCUACGACCUCGCGGACGUUAGAAAUGAGUCUUACCAGCUGAGCUAUGCCGCUCCCUUUUAAAUCACAUUAACGUUUUCAUAACCGUUUUUACUAUUUUCAGGGUAAAGACCUACCAUUCGGCGUACCUCCGGAACCUUGAACUAUUCCCUCGGAUCACUUAUCGGGCGGCUCCUGGUGGGUUCUUGGAAAAAAAAAAUUAGCAAUUAGUAAAACUAUCUUACGGGCACUAGGAGCAGAAUGGGACAUUUACAAUCUCAGGUCACUACCGGGCUUGCGAGCACGAUUUUUUCUCGGGAAAUGCGACCCCCGUCGAAGCAGAUCCAGAUAUGGCGCCGGUGGCGCCAUUCCGGAUCCGGAAAAAGCCGGAAAUCACCUGGCACGGGCUUCAGUUCGACGAUGAGUACGUCAUCGUCAUGACCGACGUCGGAUUCGGAACCUUGAACUACCUGGUCGUCGACUUUCCGAAGGAUCCCAAGGUUUAGAAAUUUUUGGAAUCCUGUGUAUACUCAUUUUUUCGUUGACUCAAAUUUGGUUCUUUUUUCUUUUUUAACGAUUCGUUAUCCCAGUUUUUGGUUUUUCCUGCGCCUUUAAAGGAGCAUAGGCCGAUUUUAAAAAAAGGUCUCAAAGCGAAGUUUUACUCACCUUUUGAUUCAAGCCGACUCAAAAAGUCUAAACUUUGCAAAUUUGGUUUUUUUUGUAUGAUGAUCCUUUUCAUCAGUUUUUGACUUUUUAAGGAUUUUAAAGGAGCAUAGGCUGAUUUUUAAAAGGUCUCGAAGCGAAGUUUUACUCACCUUUUGAUUCAAGUUGACUUUGAAAGUUUAAUAUCUCUGUUUUUUUUUCCCUUGUUAUAUGAUCUCUGUUUUUGAUCCUUUAAAGGAGCAUAGGUGGGUUUUAAAAAGGUCUCGAAGUUGUCUAAAACCUUUUUUUAUCUUGUUAAAAUUCCGCUAUCUUAGUUUUUAUCAUUUAACUGUUUUAAAGGAGCAUAGGCUGAUUUUUUAAAAGGUCUCGAGGGGAAGAGUAUUUUUUCAGUCAAGUAGAAUCAAGAAAAAACGGAAACCAUCAGAAUUUGUUCGUUAUACCGGUCCGUAUUCGUAGUUCUUGAAGAUUUUUGGUGAUAUUCUGUUCGAAGGUCCUUCCUGGGACUUUAAAGGAGCAGAGGCAGUUUCUAAAAAAAGGUCUCGAAAUAACGAGACGUUUUAUCUUGGUGAUCCUUUCCUAGGUUGACGUAAAAUUGGGAGAAUCUAUAUUUUCAACUGGUUUUUUUUUUGCUGUAUUUUGAAGCUUGUUGGGAAUAUUUUAUUCUAAAACCUUCCUGGGAUUUUAAAGGAGCAUAGGCCAAUUUUAAAAAAGGUCUCGAGAUGAAAAGCCUUUUUUCGAAUAACGGUCAUCAGAAGUGUAGAAGGUCCCAGAAAGAUCAAACUCCAUACAAGAAAGUUUUGUUCAUAAAAGCGUUUUUUCAGCUUUCCCGACGGGACUGUACCUCUUUACAUUUAAAAUUUUAUGAAUUUUUUUUUUCAGAAAAAUCUUUCUUAUUACCUUUUCCAGUAUCUUUAUGUGUUCGUGGAGAGAUGGUGUAUCAUUCUCUCCGGACUCUGAACUUUAAAGUUUCAUAAACGUCCGCACUUUCCAGAUCCUGAAAGACUACGAACCGUCGGAGAACUUCCGGCCCUCGCCAAACCCCCUGGUGAUGCUCGUCUUCAGAAAAUCACCAACAGAAGUCGAAGCCCUGAAAUCGGCCGAAGAUUUCGAUUUGCCCUCUUUCAUGCUGAAACAUGGACUUGAAGAUCGUGAGUUUCAAAAUCGAUAAUGAUCAUUUUUCUUCUGUUUGCUCUGCGGAUUUGAGUGGAUUCGAUCGGAGGAUAAGUUGGACAAGAUUUGGAGACAUGGGGGGUUUUUCAAAAAAAGCUUGAUGUUGAAAUUUUUCCUUGAACUUUUCUAUAAAAAUUUUUUUCGAAAAAAAUUCUUCUGUGAAAAUUUUUUUAGUGGCCACUAUAGAGGCUCGCCAAGACUGCUUGGAGAGGACACUAAAGUGGCCACUAAACCCACCUCCAUAGUGGCCACUAUUUUCCGUUUAGUGGCCACUUUAGUAGUUUUUCAUCCAGUAUUCCUUCCAGUAACUCUGAUAAUUUUAAAACAAGGAUUGGACCAGUUAUGUUUAUCCAUUGACCCCUAAAGUGGCCACUCAAAUUUUUAGGGGUCUAGUAGUAGUACUUAGACUUCUAUAGUGGCCACUAACUUAACUAACCCCUUAAGCGGCCACUAACUUAACUACUAUAGUGGCCACUAAUUUCUAACCCCUUAAGUGGCCACUAAUUUGACUACUAUAGUGGCCACAAAACGUCAAAACCCUAUACUGGCCACUAAAAAUUUUCCCAGUGUGCGAUCAAUAUUUCAAGUCAAUAUUCACUCGUUUUUUCAAAGAUGGAGUAACUUAUCAAGCUUAUUUUUUUGAUUAAUAUCAACGUUUGGCUGUUUUUUAUGAAAAAGUAAAGGUAAUUUACCCAAUCUUUUCGAAAAAAAAAAUUGACCUUUAGCUGUUGAAAAAAAGUUACUUAUCAAGCUUCUUUUUCCAGAUCUGGUUGGAUUAUCGGUCGUCGUGGUCGGUACUGACGCCUUCGCCAUUGAAAAGCAGCGACUUAAGGGAAACGUCGAUAAUUGUCACAGUCUACUUAGAGACAGUGGGAUUUUUAUUUUCAUUUUUCCAACAUGGAGGGUCAUUUUGGUUGGGAGUUUUCUGAAAAUUGUCCAGAACCCUCCCUGAUGUACCAGAAGAAAAUCCUGAAAGUCUUAAAGGCAUAGGGGCAGUAAAAAAAUGGGAUUUCAGGGGAAAGCAGUAUCUUAUAUAGUUUUUCUUUGCGAAUCGAAUGGUGUACUCAAAAAAAUUAAAGAUGUGACAACUUUAGAAGAAAAACGCGAUUUUACUUUCCCGCUUUUAUUUUUGAAAAAAGCUUUGGAUCGGUGCUCAGACAACUGAUUACAGUAGCCGUACACGCGAUGUUGCGGACGUCUCAUUAGACUCGCAUUUUGUGAGAAAUAACCGGAUAUCUGCUUCAAAUUAAAGGUUUCUUCUCUGAAAAAACAUUUAAUCAAACAAAAAACACACAUUGAUAAUAAAGAAAACACAAAUAAUCGCUAUCCAAAUCGAAACCUGUGUAAAAUCAUCAUUUUUCACCAAAGAAGCAUUUUUGCGAUCAAAGUUUGCAAAUUAUACAUGAAUAGAAAGUUUUUGUGACGAAAAGAACUUUGGUGACAACAGAAAAAAUUGAAAUUUGAAAGAAACGAAGAAAAAAGCGAAAAUCCGGAAGAUGGGAAAGCCUGUUGUCCAUAGAGCAAUUUCACUGCUAAACCCCCCUUUUUGAGGGAACUCAAGAUUUCCUUUCUCCGACUUUGAAUUAUUUUUUCUCCGAAAUUAAGAAAUUCGGUACGUUUUCAAGUUUACCGUUCGAUUCGCAAUGAAAAGCUCUACAAAGUACUGCUUUGAACUGAAACACCGUUUUUUACUGCCCCUAUGCCUUUAACCUUCAAAAUUCCCUAGUUUUCGAGAAAUAAGGGCUCAAAGCCUCGAAAACAGCCCAUUUUGACGGAUUUUGAGGUGUCCUUUUCCGAGAACUAGGCGUUUUUGUAGGUUGAGACUUUCAGAAUCUUUUUUUGAUACCUCAAGAAGUAAUCUGGCAAAUUUUUAGGAAAUAACCUUCCUUGUACGGAGAAAAAAAAACUUGAUAGCUUCAUUUUUUUGUCUAUUUUUUCCUGUAGUUAUGAAAAAUUCGCCACCAAACCCAUUUUUUGAAGUUUUUCAGGAUUUUUAGACAAACCAUAGGCAAAGUCGGAAAGGGUAGAAAGAGGCUCCAUAGAAAUGUUCCUUUUUGCUGCCAUUUUGCGCCAUUUUCUCAUCUCUUAUGCACCAUUUUUGCAGCCUCUCCCUUUUUCCACCGUUUCUCGAGCCUUUAAAAUACCAGAAAAAUGGAAGUCUCGAGAAGGGGACCCAUUUUGCUGCCUUUCUGCUACCUUUUUGCUGCCUUUUUGCUCCCCUUUUACUGCCUUUUUUGCUGCCUUUCUGCUGCCUUUUCACUGCCUUUGUUGAGCCUCUCCCUUUUAACGGCCAUUAUCUACCAAUCCGUCUGUGCCCGAGGCUAUAAAAAGCUUCAGAAAAGUCGUUUUGACCUCAAAAUUCGAAAUCACCGUAGAAUUUAGAUUUUGAAAAAAAAUUAAAAGAAGAAUUAAUCAACUAAUUUCCGGUUGAUUUUGGAGCCAAAACUUCGAUCUUUACCCUAAUUUUUCCAGAAAUCUCUCGAAGCACGGAAACUACGCCGCCAAUCCUGGCCAAGUUGCCAACCGAGGAACUCAAUUCAUGGCUUUCGGUUUCCUUUGAGCAGAAACCUCUUCAAGGGAAUGUCUGCUGUCAGAGGGUCAAACAGACGUUAGUUUCCUUGAAAAUAAUAAUCAUACUUUGUGAAAAAAAUUAUGGAAAACUGUAGAAAAAUGAGAGCUAAUUGAGAAGAGCUCACGGCGUUUUUGUUAGUAAAAGAAAAUCAAAAAAAUAAAAAAAUGAAAAGGGCGGAGUCAAAACCCCCGCCGUUCCCAUGUGACGUCAUGGGAAACAAGCGUGAACAAAAGGGAAUAUUAAAGGCGCAUUUUCAAUGGGUCCUGAGACGGAAUCAUUUCUCAUUUAAAAAACGCGAUUUUUCUGGUUUUUUUUUUCUUGAAAAGCAUAUGCUAUGUUCAAAGUGAUUCCGCGAAGUUUGAAAUAUCCGCCAAAAAUUAUAAAACAUGACUAAAUUUCGGAAAUUCAGACAUGAUUUUGAAUUUGGCGAAAAUUACUUUGAGCAUGUGCGAGAGCGCCGCGGUGCAUGCACACGACACACUAAACUUCACGGACAGAAAUGGGCGUGGCUUCUGAGGAAUUUCUGAGAGGCCCCUAUUUGCUGGGUUUGCUGUUUUAGGGACCUCUAUAGGGGCGAAAUAGGGCUCCCUUUAGGGGGAGCGUAGGGGUCCCUCAUUGAGCCCCUAUGGAACCCCUAUAGGGACCCCUCAAAAGUUUCACAGUUCUUCAAAAGAAAACGCCGUCCGAUAUGAAAAACUGGAAAUGGUAAAAUGCGAAUAACUGCAAAUGGUUAAGGAGAAAGAACUAGGGGAGAAAUUGAGAAAAAUUGUGAAAAGAAUUGCGAGAAACUGUAAUAUAAUGUAUAAUAAUUGUUUUUUUCAAUAGGAAGCUUGAAGCUUGUAGAUUACCGAAAAAAAAUAAAUUUUUUUGAAAAAUACACUAUUUUUUUCGAAUUUACAUGCACGUGUAGAUGAAAAUGCAGAUGGAGAAAUUUUUGCUCACUUUUUUUCCUUUCUGAAAUAAAAAAAUAAAAAAAGACUCGGUAGUUGGAAAAAGUGGAAUUUUUAAAGAGAAUAAAAAGGAAUUUUUCGGACCUCUGAACUUUGGUAGUAUCUCGAGAAAGCAAUUUGGUGGAAAAGAAACUGUAUUUUUAAUAUAAAAUUAUUAUAAUAAAUAAAAUUAUCGAAGUAGUUAUGAAAUUCGGUUUUUUUCAACUUUUUUUAUCAUAUCAAAAUUUGUUUGUAUAGCAAUUUUUUUGAAGUUUUUUUAAAAGCUUCAACUGGUUGCUAGAACCGAAUAAAACUGAAAAAAAUCAAUUUUAAAAAAAUUUCGGAAAGGAAAAAGUCAAUUUGAAUGAAGAUUCUAUAAAAUUUCGGCCUUUUACAGAGCUUCAACUCUCUACCUGGACCCCCUGGGAGAAUCUACAAUUUCGGCUUUGGCCGCUCUAUCGCCACCUUCAUUUUCUUCCCUGAGAAUCUCCUCGACCAGCUCAAAUUAUGUCAAUUAUCAUCGUCAGACUCGCAAUUUCGUGUGUAAGUUUUUCAAAAAAAAAAAAUCGAGCCAUUUAUCGAAUAUUACUGUUUCACCUUUUCAUCAAAUCGAAAAAAUAUUGUAAGUUAGAGUUCUUUUCUUAUGUGUCGAAGAGGCUUACGAUAUGUUUUAAAGUGGUACUUAGGAAUGCCGGAGUGGUCCCUAGAGGGGCGUUUGUUCCCCCUUAAGUGACCACUUUACCACAACCCUUACAAGGGGCUCUAGCGUUCCCAAAAGUGGUCGUUUCAAGGGUUUUAGUUAGUGGCCUCUCUAGGGGAGCAUACUAGUGGUCCCUAUACGUCUUUUUAUCUAUCCAAUCUUAACAAAAAUUUAUAGACCCCUAUAGGGACCACUUGAGCUUUAGGAAUCCAGGGCUCAGCCCCUGAACACCCAGAAGGGACUACCUUAUUUUUAGCCCUCUAGGGAGCACUAUUUUGUCCCCUAUAGUCGCUGUUUUUUCCUGGCCCCUCUAGGGACCCCUCUGGUGUUUUAAGUGAAGGUUUUAGGGAUCAAAUUUCUUCGGUUUUUGUCAAAAAUCGUUCUUAAAUGACACAAGCAAAGGAGUUAUUUUAUUUUACGGUUGGAAGAUUUUUAGAAUUGGGGCAAAAAAUUUUCUUGAUGUACCAAAGGGUGCUCCUGAAAGAGGUAAUUUUUGAAAACUUCUGGUUUUUGAGAAAUAAGAGCAACAAAUGUCUAAAAUAGCCUUUUUAAAGAAUUUUGAGGGUUUUUUUUUGGGAUUUUGAGGUGUCCUUUUCCAAAACUAGGAAGUUUUGAAGGCUGUGACUUCCAGAAUCGUCUUCUGGUACAUCAAAAAAAUGUUUCUGGCUCUUUUUUCAGAUUUAAAUUUUUCAGGAAAUUCCCAACUGCUAAGUAAAAAGACCUCCCUUGUGAGGAGAUAUUCAGAAUUUGAAAAAAAAAAUAAUUUCUAGCCCUUUCCGACGAACUGUUCACAAUCGCCAUCGUCGACGGCCACGGAGGUCAUCUUCAUUAUCUUGAAGUUGACAUUCCGGCGGCGAAUUUGAACGCCGCGUCUGGCAAUGGGAUUACGGUAAGAGCUUUGUACCGUAUCUUGGAAAAAAAAGAUCCUUUUUCAUCUUUUUUUUUCGCUUUAUUUUCAACCUGGGAAAGUUUUUAGUGGCCACUAUAGAGGCUCGAGAAGGACUACUUGGAAAGGACACUAAAGUGACCACUAAACCCACCUCUAUAGUGGCCACUUUUUUACGCUUUAGUGGCCACUUCAGUAGUUUUUCAUCCAGUAUUCCUUCCAGUAACCCUGAUAAUUUUAAAACAAACAGAUUGGACCAGUUAUGUUGAUCCAUUGACCCCUAAAGUGGCCACUAAAAUUUUUAGUGGUUUAGUAGUAGCCCUUAGACCUCUAUAGUGGUCACUUAUUUUCAACCCCUUAAGUGCCCACUUAUUUUACUACUAUAGUGGCCACAAAACGCCGAAACCCUAUAGUGGCCACUAAAAAUUUUCCUAGUAUAAAAUCAAUUUUGCGCUUUCAGUUGAUGACUGUAUGAGGUUAUACAAAGGUUUUUCGAAUAUUAAAAAAACUAAAAUAAUUAUUAUGUUGUUCUUCUUUGUUUAUACCUGUGUAACUGAAAAAAAAACUUGCGUUUUUUACGAAAUUGUAGAAAAAAAGUACUGUAUUUCGUGAAUUUUCCACGCUUACCGUAAUCCUUUGAUACGGUGUUUGGCGCUAAAUCCAAAUUUGAACUUGAAACGUAUUUUUCUCUCAAGUUUUUCUAUUUUCUUGGUAGUUAACGAUAAUUUUUUCAAGUUGAAAGUUCAUAAGAAUGAUUGGAGUUCCACAUUUUUCGCCUAUUCCCCCAAAAAAAUUUCAGACCUGGCCUAACUUUCGACGAUUUCGAAAAUGAGGCUCUUUCUGAAAAAAAUUGAGACAGUUUUUUUACGAAAUACGCAAAAUUGGGUCCUACAACGAUUGUUAUUUUCACGCGGGAAAUUUUUGAAUUUUCGGUUAUUUUUGUACCAAAAUUUUGAAUUUGCGCAAAAAAGUCACCAUAUCGCGAUAUAUCGUUGUAGAACCCAUAUUCUCAAAAUUUCAAUUUUGCAAAUUUCGCGAGCUUGUUUCAAACGAAAAACGCACCAAUUUCGAAACCGCCGAAAUAACUUUGAACACGACAUUAAAUAAAGUUUCUCUAUACUAUUUUUUUAAUGCUUUCGUAAACAUUUCUUAUCAAAAAAAGUACCCAGAAAUUCAUUAAAAAGGGUACGAUUCGUCCACUAAAAAAAGGCGCGUUAUUUGUUUGCCCUACGGCCGUUCGUUUCUCAAAUUGAAGCCGUCGCUUUAAUUAAUUUGUUACUUUACGUUUUUUUUUACGUGUUCCGAAAUUCAUUGGGACUGAAAAAGUGAAGCUGGCGGCUUUUUUUCGAAUUUUCAGGGGCUAGGAAAAUCUGAAUUACGACUUUCUGUGAAAAAAAGGAUUUCUUGGAGUUAAAAAAAGUUUUUUUGAACUUUAGGAACUCCAGAGUGGUCCCUAUAGAAGUUACGGAGAAAACAGCCCCUAUAGGAGAUAAAAAAUGCCCCAUAGAGGGCUAAAAUUUAGGUAAUCCCUUAAGAGGUCUCUCUAAGCCCCAUUAAACUCAAGGAUCCCUAUAGGUUUUUUUUCAUUCAAUUCAUCGAGUUUCUCGCAUGAAAAUGCUUCUUCUUAUAGAGGUUUCACUUUGUCCCCUAUAGGGGCCACUCCUGCAAGCUUUAGUGACCUCUGAGUGGCCCCUAGAGGGGACCACUUUGAGCGCCCCCAAAGUUGCCUCUAUAGGGACCACUCUGCCGUUCCCAAGUGAUUGUGGAAAAUAUAAAUUUUAUCUUUCCAGCCUAUAUUCAUAAAAAAAUAUCCUUUUUUUCCGUAGUUCGCGCGGAAUGCAUUUGUUAAUUUUAUUUUUACUUAUUUAAUUGAAAUAAAGAAGUUUUGAAACUGUAAUUUUAUCUAACACUUAUCGAAAUUUCUUUCCACCGAAAAAAGUCGGAGCCGAAUUUUCAAAUUUCGCGGUUAAAAAAAGGUUUUUUCUACUUAGGAACGCUAGAGUGGUCCCUAGAGGGGUUAAGAGUAAAAUCUUUCGGGGGGUUAAGAGUAAAAUUUCUCGGAGAAAUAGUAGUGGUCCCUAUAGGGGCUGUUUCUUUUUCCGAACCCUUAGAGAGAUCACCUAAGUUUUAUCCCUUUAGGGACCACUUUUUCAAAAAAAAGGUUUUAUCUUUAUGAACGCCGGAGUGGUCCCUAGAGGGGUUAAAAGAAAACCACUGUAGAAGUAAUGAUAGUGGUCCCUAUAGGGGCUGUUUCUUCCUCCAACCCCUAGAGGGACCACUUAAUUUUUACCCCUUUAGGGACCACUUUUCUACCCCAUAGGGGUUGUUUCUUUUCCCUUUCCCCCUAUAGGGGCCCCUCUGCAGUUUCUAAGAAUGUUUUCAAAAAUAUUAGAAUCUACAUCGCUUGGACUCAACUUUUCAAAAUAAAAUUUCAAAAAUAAAGUUUUUUGAGAUCUUUUCAAAGUUUCUUCAAUCUCCUGACCACAACUUCCUAAUCAGAUCUGCUCAAAUGAGAUUCGAGUAAAUCCUACGGUAGUGAUUCCAUUGGAUUGAGCUUCGAAAAUUGAAUCGGAAGUCAGGGAGAAGGCCAAUUUGAGGGCUCAGCUCUUUGUUCUACGCUGUGCGUAAGAAAAAAGGAAAGGUUUCAGGAUUUUUGAGAGAAAAAAACCAAGUUUUUCGAUCGUGUUAUUCAAUUUUUUUAAAAAGUAUAGUUUAUUUUUUUCCAAGCUUUUUCAAUUCGAAAAAAAUCUCAUAAAUGAAUACUUUUUUUGAAAGUUUCAUGCCUUUUUGCAAGUUCCUUCUUCAAUUUUGUGGAUUCUCAUAGAUUUUUUUGAGGGGUUAGGAUUCAAAAAAACCGGAAUUUUUUUGAACAUUUUAUAUUAUUUUUUUAAAGUAUCGCUUAUCUUUGCAAGCUUUUAAAUUCGGAAAAAUCGAAAAAAUUUGUAUUUUUGAAAAUUUUCUAGCUCAAUUUUGAAAGUCCCUUUCAUUUUUCCGAUCCAUUUUCCCUUGAAAAAACAACAGAUCAUCUAAUUUUCGAUGUAAUCUCGAACAAAAAUGACGUUUCCGCAGAAUAUUUUGAAAGACCGUGCGCGGAAAAUGACGUCAGCCGCUAUUUGUUGUUUUCCCCCGCAGACUGAAGCUUUUCGAACAGUUCUGAAGGUUGUAAGAUUGUUUUUUGAGUGUUUUCUUAGGGUUUUUAUAUGUUCUGGGUUCGAUGAUCAAUGUCACUAUUUAACUUUCGAUUCAAAAAAAAAAAUUUAAAGAUCCCUAUAGGGAUCACUUAAGCUUUAUGGGCUCGUUGGAAGAUCUUGUUCAUAACCUUCUAUUGAAUUCAUCAUAAUUUCAAAAAUACUGAAUUUUGCUUGUAUCUUCACAAAUACAACUCGAAAGUUUUUCAAGAAAAAAAUUUAGUUCAAAAAUCAAGUCGUUUAUCGAAUAUCACUGUUUCACCUUCUCAUCAAAUCGAAAAAUGAUUGAAAGUUAGAGUUUUUUUUCUUAUGCGUCGAAGAAGCUUACGAAAUUUUUAAGGUUCUACUUAGGAAUGCCGGAGUGGUCCCUAGAGGGGAAUUUGUUCCCCCUUAAGUGACCACUUUUCCACAACCCUUAUAAGGGGCUCUAGCGUUCCCAAAAGUGGUCAUUUCAAGGGUUUUAGUUAGUGGCCUCUCUAGAGAAGCAUUCUAGUGGUCCCUAUACUUUUUUUAUCUAUCCAAUCUUAACAAAAAUUUAAAGACCCCUAUAGGGAUCACUUAAGCUUUAGAGGCUCAGGGGGAAGAUCUUGUUCAUUACCUUCUAUUGAAUUAAUCAUAAUUUCAAAAAAAUAUUGAGUUUUGCUUGUAACUUCACAAAUACAACUCGAAUAUUUGAAUAAGUAUGCCUUUUUUUUCCUGGCCAUGCUGGAAAUAUCGGUCGGUUUGGUCACCUUUUCAUUACGCCGAUUUUUUCAACCUUUCAAAAUUCAAAAAGUUCUUUGUGCGGUAUAAAGGUGUUUACGGUUUCAAAGUACCUAUUUUUUGAUUAUUUGACGAGUUUCAAAGUCAGUUUUCGUAAGAAUCUGGCCAUUAUAUUUGUAAAAAUAUUUUUUUUUUUUCCGAAUUUUUUUCCAUUUUCGCCAGGAAAUUCUCUCAAAUCCUAAUGAAAACUAUUUCGCACUUUCGAUUCCAGGCCAAAUUAAAGAGAUUGACAGGAAAUGUAUUGAAAAAAUGAAACCUCCUAUUUUGCGCCGCCAAUAAUUGGUUUUUCGAGACCCAAAUUCCAACCACAAUUGAAAAUUCUACACAGUUUGGACACUUAAACAAUUUCGAAAUGAAAACUUUGAAAUUUUCAAGAAAUAGCGAAAAAGUGACCAAACCGAAGACUUUUGCAAAUACAAAGUGUUUUUCUGGUAACUUUCUUCGUCAAUCAAGAAGCCAAGAAACCGCAAUGUUCUAUAGGAAGCUUUUCACUAAUUUGAGCAGCUUCUUAAGGGAUUUUUUGCUUGUUUUCCUCGAGAAUCAAUGAAAAAAGGCCAAGAAACCGCAAUAUUUCACAAAUUUUGCAAGAAGCGGCAGAUUUUCACUAAUUAGAGCAACCUCUUAAGGGUUUUUCGGCUUGUUUUCCUCAUAAAUCAAUGAAAAAAGGCCAAGAAACCGCAAUGUUCUAUAGAAAGCUUUUCACAAAUUUGAGCGACCUCUUAAGGGUUUUUUCCUCGAGAAUCAAUGAAAAAAGGCCAAGAAACCGCAAUAUUUCACAAAUUUUGCAAGAAGCGGCAGAUUUUCACUAAUUAGAGCAACCUCUUAAGGGUUUUUCUGCUUGUUUUAUUCAUAAAUCAAUCAAAAAAGCCAAGAAACCGCAAUUUUCUGCACAAAGUAACAUCUUUUCACAAACCUAAGCAACCUCUUAAGGGUUUUUCUGCUUGUUUUCUUCAUAAAUCAAUGAAAAAGGGCCAAGAAACCGCAAUUUUUCACAAAUUUUACAGUGAGCGGCAGAUUUUCACUGAUUAGAGCAACCUCUUAAGGGGUUUUCUGCUUGUUUUCUUCAUAAAUCAAUCAAAAAAAAGCCAAGAAACCGCAAAGUUCUAUAGGAGGCUUUUCACUGAUUUGAGCGACCUCUUAAGGGUUUUUCGGCUUUAUUUUUCUCAUAUAUCAAUGAAAAAGCCAAGAAACGUUACAGAAGGCGGCGUACACGGCGCUCGGACCGCGGCGGCCGUCCACCUGCGGCAGCUUCGUCUUCGUUUUGCUGUCGCAGUCGGCGUCUCUCGCCUCGUUGCCGUCGCUCUGCACGGCCAUGUGCGAACAAAGGAGGAAAUUCAGGUUUUGAUGCUUCUUCCCACAUCAUAUUUUGCACGUCAACUCGAGAGAGAGAAAAUUUAAUUUGUACCUUUGUCAUUGUCGGUUUUGUGUGUGUUGAACGUUUCGACAUGACAAACGACAAGAAAAAAAAGAAAAAAAUGGCUGAAUUGUUGGAGAAAACGCGCUCUGUUGAUAGUUUCAAGUGGUUGGGUUUGAAAAUUGAAAAAAGGCCUAAUUUUUUUUUUGGAGUUCUCAAACAAGCUAGAGGUUAAAAAUUACCUUUUUAGAAGGAUUUUGCUUGGUUAGAAGUUAGAAGUCUUCAAAUCUCAAUAAGGAUUGAAAAAAAGACCUAUUUCAAGCAAAAAGAUGAGCUUUUUGGAAAAAUUGAAGCUGUCAGAUCAGAGAAAUUAAUAUUUGCAAAAAAGUGAAUUUUUGGAGAGGUUUUUGGAAGGUGAAAAUGGGAAAUGCUUGCCAGAAGCCUGUUGAAAAGCUUCUGGAAGGCUUCCGGCAGAUUUUCUUGAGUAGAAGGUUUUGGAAGGCAUGUGGAAGGCGUUCGACCACUGAUUAAAAAAAAAAAUGAUACUCAAGAAGUUUCUUCUGGAGUUAAAAGAUAAUAUAGUCUGUGCCACGACUUCAAAUUUUACCGAACGACAUUCCGCUGUUCCGCUGCGUGCGGUCGCGAAGCGUCUUUCGAAUCUAGGUUGCUGGAAAGCUUCCAAACGCCUUCCGAGGAACCAAAAGUCGAAGCUUUCAAUCUUUACCUUAAUAUAGUCUGUUUGCCACGACUUGAAAUUUCCCGGAACGACAUUCCGCUGUUCCGCUGCGUGCGUUCGCGAAGCGUCCACCGAAUACAGGUUGCUGGAAAGUUUCCAAACGCCUUCCGAGGAACCAAAAGUCGAAGCUUUCAAUCUUUACCUUAAUAUAGCCUGUUUGCCACGACUUCAAAUUUUACCGAACGACUUUCCGCUGUUCCGCUGCGUGCGUUCGCGAAGCGUUUUUCGAAUUGAGGUCACGCUUUCAAUUGACUUUUAUUGCUGUGGGAGCACAGGAAAGUAGAGUACCUUAAUAAAAAGAAAAAAAUAAUUAAAAAGCGCGACCAAAGGCGCGCAGCGGCACAGCGGAAUGUCGUUUGGUGAAAUUCCAAGGUACACAGACUAUAUAAUGAAUUUUUUUAUAACGUGUCAAAAACCCCUUAAUUUUUGCUCUUUUCCAGAAUCGAGCUGUUCAAACAGCAGUGGUCGCUGAAAUUGUCGGCCGUUUCGUUCACAGACGUCUGCUACGACCUUCCCUUCGCUUAUCACGUUCUUUCUGAAGAAAUGGCCGCCAGCCAAAAACGGCUCAAUACAACGGUGCCGGAAAGCGACACGUCCUUCUUGGCCAAAAGGACCAGAAUGUAA